CUCUUCGUCUCGUCUCGUACCUUGAUCCCCUGCCCACCCCUUUGCACAUUGAUAUAUACCAACUGCACAAUGGCCGUCAAUCCCGAACGGAUCCUGCGAGAGGUCAACAUCCUCGGCGACCUCAAUGACCAGAACCGCCACAUUCUCAGCAAGGACGCCUGUGUCUUCCUGGCCCUUCUCCACCGCACAUUCAACGAGCGCAGAAAAGCCCUGCUCCAGCGACGCGUGCUUCGCCAGGCCGAGCUCGACAAGGGAAACCUGCUCGACUUCCUGCCAGAGACCAAGCACAUCCGUGAGAACGAUGCGUGGAAGGGUGCUCCGCCUGCGCCGGGCCUCGUCGACAGGCGCAUUGAGAUUACCGGCCCAACUGACCGCAAGAUGGUCGUCAACGCCUUGAACUCUGACGUCUGGACCUACAUGGCCGACUUUGAGGAUUCAUCCGCACCAACAUGGGACAACAUGAUCAAUGGCCAGCUCAACCUGUACGACGCCAUUCGCAGGCAGGUCGACUUCAAGCAGGGCGAGAAGGAGUACAAGCUCCGCACCGACCGCAAGCUCCCCACGCUGAUUGCGCGUGCUCGAGGCUGGCACCUCGAGGAGAAGCACUUUACCGUGGAUGGCGAGCCCAUCUCCGGUGGCUUGUUCGACUUUGGACUGUACUUCUUCCACAACGCCCAUGAGCUCGUCAAGCGCGGGGCAGGCCCAUACUUUUACCUGCCCAAGAUGGAGUCGCAUCUUGAGGCUAGGCUGUGGAACGACGUCUUCAACCUGGCUCAGGACUACAUUGGCAUGAGCCGCGGAACCAUCCGUGGAACCGUCUUGAUUGAGACCAUUACCGCUGCCUUUGAGAUGGACGAGAUCAUCUACGAGCUUCGCGACCACUCGUCUGGUCUCAACUGCGGCCGCUGGGACUACAUUUUCAGCACCAUUAAGCGUUUCCGCCAGAACCCCAACUUUGUCCUUCCCGACCGCGACUCUGUCACCAUGACUUCGCCCUUCAUGGACGCCUACGUCAAGCUUCUCAUCAAGACAUGCCACAGGCGUGGCGUCCAUGCCAUGGGCGGCAUGGCAGCCCAGAUCCCCAUCAAGAACGACCAGCAGGCCAACGACGCUGCCAUGGCCAAGGUCCGCGCCGACAAGCUCCGUGAGGUGCGCGCCGGCCACGACGGCACAUGGGUAGCUCACCCGGCCCUCGCCUCGAUUGCAGCCGAAAUCUUCAACGAGCACAUGCCCACGCCCAACCAAAUGCACAUCCGCCGCGAAGACGUCAACAUCACCGCCAACGACCUCCUCAACAUGAACGUCCCCGGAAAGGUCACCGAAGCCGGCAUCCGCAAGAACCUCGACAUCGGCCUUGCCUACAUGGAAGCCUGGAUCCGCGGCGUCGGCUGCGUCCCCAUCAACUACCUCAUGGAAGACGCGGCCACCGCCGAAGUCUCCCGAAGCCAGCUGUGGCAAUGGGCCAGGCACAACGUCCAGACUGCUGAGGGCAACAAAGUCACAAAGGACUAUGCCCUCAAGCUGCUGCACGAGCAGGCAAAGGCGCUCAGCGACAAGGCGCCAAAGGGAAACAAGUACCAUCUCGCUGCAAAGUACUUUGAAAGCCAGGUCACUGGCGAAGACUAUGCCGAGUUUUUGACUUCUCUUCUAUACAACGAAAUCACAAACGUCGGCCCACCAAAGGGCGCCUCGAAGUUGUAACAAUAAAUAUAGUACCGAGAAAUUGUCCCCACUUUUGUUGUAGUAACGACAUCUUUGUCAUGACCUGAAAAAAGUCGUUUUUUUUUCUUUGGCGCCGUCUUGGUCAUACUGUACGGUACGGUGCUGUUUAUACCAUGAAGCCGAAUUGUCUAUCCCAUCUAGUCGAUGCAAGUAUAUCAAAUCAGAUUAAAUCAGAUCGAAUGAAAGCGAAUUAAAGCGAAAGCAAAGCAGUCUCAAGUCGAGAAAAAGAAUAAC